AAAUUUUAUUAGAGAUGUUUUGUGGGAUUUUAGGUUAUGUGUUUUACAUAUUUCAAUUUAGUAAUAUUUUUAUAAUUAAGUAUUAUAAAAAUAAAUACAUUUAACAAAUUAGAUGUUAAAUAUAUAAAUAGAAAAAGAAUUAGCGGCUAUAAUAUAAAUCUCCAUUCUAUUUAAAAACCAUAGAAAAGGCUCCAAAAUUAACCUUAAGUUGCAUUCCCUCGCUAAAACAACGCUCCCACUUAAAAAAUGAGAAGCCAAGAAGAAGCCUCGCUAUAAUAUAAUCCUCGUCUUUCCUGAAGCCAAGAAGCUCAGAAGGCAAGACGAGAACAAGAAACCCGCCAUGGACCGCUGUCCCGAUAACUGCGUCGUCCACCUGCACUCCGCCGCCGGAAAAGACUGGUUUCUCCGCCGCCUGUACCCUUUCAGGCGUUAUGUCUCCCCCGAAGGCACUCGCUACUACGUGACGACCCAAGCCGAUAACGAGCAAAAGCUCCUUACUCCCGCCCAAGUCAGUACCGUACAUUUCAAGGAAAAGAAAGCCGACAUGGAAAGCAUCACCGGCUGCGGAGUCGAUAAUAUCAUUUUCAUCCUCCCCGCCAGCAGCAACACCCCAGUGUAUCAAUCACAAGUCUCUGACGCUGCCGCCGCUGCCGGAGCUCACCCUCUGUUUUUCAUCGAAAGACCGGUUCUUGCCGCCGCCUAUUACGACGACUCUCUCAGACCCGAACCAAAAACCGUCCUCGUAUUCGAACUCGGUGAUCGCAUUCUUGAAAUCUCUCUGAUCACCAAAGAUUUAGAUCUAAUUGUAAAGGCCGCCGUUUCCGACUUGGGCUGCCCACUUUUCCACGUCAUGCUUUCAGAGCUUUCGUCGAAGCUCGAAUUCGAUUUCACCAGUGACGUCAAGGCUCUCAUUGGCAUCCGAACGGAAUGCGAGCGCGCCAAGAACAUCCUUUGUUUGGGCUCGGAUUCCGUGGAGCUUAAGUUUGAUCUACAAGGCAGGGAGGUGAUAGAAACGCUCAGUCGUGCAUCGUUGGUGGAGAUGAAUCUCAACCUUCUGCGCAGCGGAAUCAUGAGGUGCUUAACGGAAGCCGGAAUCGAGAAAGAAGCCGUUGAUGAGGUCGUGCUCGCCGGAGCUUCCAGUAACAUACCGGAGGUCCGACAAGUUCUUCGAGAGUUCUUUCACAUGCAGCCGUUCAGAUGUGAAACAGACCCUGCAAAUGUUAUCCAAUUGAGUGCUCAAAAAUACGUAAGAAUCCUCUCCGAUUUGACUGGUCUCCGUGUGGUAGGCUUUCACAUCGCAGAUUUGGGGGUGUUCUCUGUUUGAGGUUUCUCCUUCAUUAUUCUUUCAAGUUCUU